AUGAAGAUAUUAGUUGAGUUAGAAAUUGUACAAGGAAUUGAUAAAAUUCGGAAGAAGUAUGCGGGUCUGGGUGACAGUGUGCUGUCAAUCCGGCUGGAGCGUACCCCAACGGCUGGACUGGGUCUCAGCCUGGCUGGUCAUAGGGACCGCAGCAAAAUGGCCGUGUUCGUCUGUGGGCUGCAUCCAGCUGGGGCGGCCGCGAAGGCUUCUCCUCCGGUGAAAGUUGGUGAUGAAAUCCUUGAGGUGAACGGCAUCGUGCUGCAUGGAAGAUGUCAUCUCAACGCGUCAGCCAUCAUCAAGGGCCUCGUUGGACCCAUAUUCAAGAUAAUACUGCUCAGACGAAAGGCAGCCCUCGAAGAUGUAGCUGUGAAACCGUUGACACCAGCGCAGUUUCCUGUAGCUUUGGAAGAAGAGGUAAGUCUACUUAUCGUAACAGUACAGAAUCCAAGAAAAGAAUUUUGA